AUGGAUGCUGGAGGUGGUGAGCGGUUGCGCGGCCGAUCAGAUCAUCGCCAUUAUCCUCUCCGCCGUGCCAGUGACGCGGCGGGCUGCAUCGCGGCUGAUCGCUCUCGAGCCACGGCAGUCAACAUCACCUCAGGACCAGCGGUUUCAGCCAGAUCGGCGAGCUGGUUGAGGGGGCUGUGUUUGGGUUGGGGUUCAACAUCGAGAUACGAGAUCUGCUCGGUAUCCUGGCCGAAGCUCGGGGGCCCGGCCGAGACGGAGAAUUCGAAUUCAAAUCGCGUCCAUGAGGUGAGGGCCCAAGCCGGUGUGUUGACUAUGCUAGGGCUGGGCCAGCAGGGUCCAGGCCUAUGGCUCGGAUGA